CUACUAAAACCCUGUGCGGUGGAUUGUGAUGAUAUAAAAGACAUUUGCUUUCUUUUUGGCCGUCUCCAGUGCGUGGAUGGAGUCUCUUGUCGCUGCUUCUUCACGAAGCCGACUCUUGCCUUCACCAUCAGUUGAUUUAUUUAACCAAACUAAGCUUAAAGGAAGAGUCUCAUUCGCUUUUAUAAACAGAAGCAAGCCGAAACCUAAGCUUGUAUUGUGUAAUAUGAGUGCGUCAAAGGAGGCCAAGUUAUGGGGUGGAAGAUUUGAAGAGAGUGUAACAGAUGCUGUUGAGAUGUUCACUGAGUCUAUCUCUUUUGACAAAGUUUUGUAUAAGCAUGACAUUAUGGGGAGUAAAGCCCAUGCAUCCAUGCUCGCUAACCAGGGGCUGAUCAGUGAAAAUGAUAGGGAUAAGAUUCUGCAAGGUCUUGAUGAGAUUGAGAAACAAAUCAUAGCUGGUGAGUUCGUGUGGAGGACUGACAGGGAGGAUGUGCACAUGAAUAUUGAAGCAGCCCUCACUGAUAUGAUUGGUGAACCUGCAAAAAAGCUUCACACUGCUCGCAGCCGAAAUGAUCAAGUGUUGACGGAUUUCCGCCUAUGGUGUCGUGAUGCCAUUGAUACAAUUUUGGGAAGCAUAAAGCGACUUCAAAUUGCAUUGGUGAAGUUGGCAUUGAACAACAAAGGUCUUAUCAUUCCUGGUUAUACUCAUUUGCAGAGGGCACAACCUGUUUUAUUGCAGCAUCUUCUCUUGGCAUAUGUUGAGCAGCUUGAACGUGAUGCUGGUCGUUUGCUAGAUUGCAGAGCUAGGUUGAAUUUCUGCCCGCUUGGUGCUUGUGCAUUGGCUGGCACCGGACUGCCUAUUGAUAGGUUUAUGACCUCAAAUGAUUUGAAAUUCACUGCUCCCAUGAGGAACAGUAUUGAUGCAGUGUCAGAUCGUGAUUUUGUAUUGGAGUUUCUGUCUGCUAAUUCAAUAACAGCUAUUCAUCUUUCUCGGCUUGGGGAAGAAUGGGUAUUGUGGGCUUCAGAGGAGUUUGGAUUUAUCACACCAAGUGACUCUGUUUCCACUGGAAGCAGUAUAAUGCCUCAGAAGAAGAAUCCAGAUCCUAUGGAACUUGUCCGAGGAAAGUCUGCCAGAGUCAUUGGAGACUUGGUUACACUUCUCACUCUGUGCAAAGGACUUCCCCUUGCUUAUAAUCGUGAUUUGCAGGAAGACAAGGAACCUACAUUUGACAGUGUUAAGACUAUUAUUGGGAUGCUUCAAGUUUCUGCAGAGUUUGCACAGAACAUCACCUUCAAUCAGGAGAGAAUACAGAAGGCUUUACCAGCUGGUCAUCUUGAUGCCACCACACUCGCUGAUUAUCUUGUGAAUAAGCAAAUACCUUUUAGAACUUCGCAUGAUAUAGUGGGAAGGGCAGUGGCUUUGUGUGUAUCAAAGAACUGCCAGCUUCGGGAACUAAGUCUUGAUGAGCUGAGAAGCAUAAGUCCAGUGUUUGAUAAGGAUGUGUAUCAAUAUCUCGGGGUAGAAAAUGCUGUAAAGAAAUUCAGCUCAUAUGGUUCCACAGGAUCAUCAUGUGUUGCUGAUCAACUCGACUACUGGGUUAGCAAACUUGAAAUCAACCAAGUAGGCCAUAGUUCUUAAUCGUGACACAGAUGAUUUUUUGAGGUCCAAGACUUUGCCAGGAUGUGAGUCUCUUUCCAAGGAUGGUGAUGUGGCAGGCCACACCAGUGCAAAUUUGCCGAUAUUACGAUUGAGUAGUUGCCUGUCUUAUAAAGAUCUUGAAUGAGCAACUGGGAUUGAAAUGCUGGUGUGGAGACUGAAAACUUAUUUUGAAAGUUCUGUAAGCAGUGGGAUAUGAGUUUGUUCUUGUUCCAUUGACAAGUAAUUUGCUUCACCUUUAUUAUGGUUAGUAGAAUUUGCCCACCAAGGAAAUUUUGUAGUUUGGGAACUUUGAAUUUCUAUUAAUAAAGGCUGGUCUGCUUUCAAAACAAA